AUGUUGACGCCAGCAGAGCAGACACGAGAUGAGGCAGGAAAUACGGCAUUUUAUUGCACGGUCGCCGGAAAUCCUUCUCCAGUCGUGGAAUGGCAAUUUAAGGGCAGAAAGAUUCUGUCGGGUGCAAAGUAUUUGAUUAAAGAAGGAGAGUUGAUUGUCAGAAAUCUAAAUUACAGCGAUGUUGGGCCGUACUCAUGUGCUGCCAGGAACAUUCUUGGAUCGUCCGAGGCUACUGCUAACUUGUCUGUUCGAGGUGAGAGGAGCAUUUCAUUCUUGAGCCUUGUUGUAUAACAGUCGGUCAAAUUUUGUUUGUUAUAUCAGUAUGAUAUGUUACAUGUUCUUGCAAGGUAUUAAGGCUGCGAGAAUUGAACGACGCAUAAACAUCUCAAGAAAACUAUGCGAUGUGAAGGAACACUGACAGAACAUUAUCCUCGCCUGACCUAUUUUGACACACUUUCAGAAUCCGUUUAAGGCUUAAGUAGCCGUCAGACUACGACUUCUUGAAAAAACCCUUUAACAGAUUUGCCAGCUAAUAACUAAUUGGUUUCAUCGCUCCUUUUUUUUUCUGUUAUGCAAACGAACAUUUCUUGUAUAAAGUUUCCCGGAAAAGAAAAUACCUAAUUUGUCAGAUUUUUCUCAGUUGUAAUCCUGCUGUUCCCCGGAGGGUACUUCUUCUGAUGUUCUGUACAGGGAGGCUCCUUCCGAAGGGGGUACUAUUUUGAGGCUUCAAACACUGUAUGAAAGGGUCGGUGUUUUACCAGUUCAAGUACAUAAUAGAGUAGGGAACUCAGUCAUUUCGGUCUGCAAGAAGAUCUAAAAGGGCUAGCGGAAAGAUUUUAUGGAUGUGAAAAUUUCGAGAAAUUUUUCUACUUUUGUGAUUUAUUCAUAUUUUAAAGACAGUUCGGUGAUCUCCCUUCAUGCAAAGUUCUAAACUACGUAUUUGAAAGGGGCACCUUUUCUGUUGAAAAUUACAUAAGGUGUUGGACCACGGGGCGGAGCCUCCAAGUAAAAAACUGUGUUGAGUACCCUACCCACCUCCUCUCCUUCCCGAUGUCGUCCAAGUAGUUUUAGUAUGUAAACCUGAUAAUUAUUUUUUCAGGUCUUCCAAUAUUUACAAAAGUUCCACCUUUACUUGCUGCACCGGUACAAGGCACUACAUUCCAAGUAACGUGUAAAGCUGAAGGCUAUCCUCGUCCCGUCGUAACCUGGACAAGAGUAGGAAUGCCUUUACCUGCUGGAAAAACGAAAAUAAACCAAGGCACACUUACCAUUAACAACUUGAUUCCUGCCGACAACGGUUUAUACGACUGUGUAGCUACUAACAUCAUUGGAACAAAGAAAGCUAGGGUCAACGUGGCAGUGCAGCGUAGCUCAGCUGCAGGUUUGUCUUAGGCUGUAAGGUCCGCACAGACAUAAAUUAAACAUUUAGCAACAUAAACAUCACAGUGACAUCAGGCCCCAGUUGUUGAAAUGUUGGAUGGCGCUAUCCAUCGGAUAAAUCACUAUUCAGUGGAUAAGUAUUAGGGAAACCAAUUGCACUAUCCACUGGAUAGAGAUUUAUCCGCUGGAUAGCGCUAUCCACGUUUUGCCCCAAAUGGCGCCAGGUGACCUUUCUUCAAGAUCACAGAGAUCACAAGACCAAAGGUUCCUGAAUCCAGUUUAAGACUACUUUAAUAGGCUUAGUUGACUCAGACUACAGUGUAUACUUAAGUGGAAUGUAAAACAUAUAGGACCGCCGUUGGUGAUGGCCUUUUAUUUAUUGUUAAAAAGCAGUGUCGUUGUUAAAGGCUGAAUAUGCUUGUGUAGCAAUUGUUUAAAGGGAAAGAAGGAGGGAAGCCUAUACUCGAGUUUAAGUAUAAAUCCUAAAAUUUGCUCUCCAGAAAAUAAAGUGACUUUUGCUAUCUAUCCUCUAGUCACUCGCAAUGUUACAAUUGAUACAGGAUACAUUUGAUGCCGAAUUUUUAAAUAGUUCUACUUGGCUUCAACAGAGUCAGGGGCACCCAACGACAAUUUUCGGCAAAUAUCUGUUCGGAAGACGAUUUGAGAUCUAGAAUUUUCGGAACAUUUGUUGUAAAAUUUCUUGCUUGUCUGCUUCUGCUAGGAUUUUCGAACAUCUAAAAAAUAAUAUAAUUGCCAAUUUUUAACGGAUUUUUACCCUAAAAAGGUCACCUAGAAUUUUCGGGAGCCGUUUUUCUGGUUGGAAUUUUCGAAAAAGUAAGUUUUGAUCCCUAUAAUUUUCGGGUCACUAGACUUUCAGCUAGGAAAUCCGAACAGAUGAAAAACUUUUAGGGGAUAAAAAUAUGCCUAUAUCUACCGUUUCAAUACUAAAAUACGUUUAACAAUGCUAUGUUUAUAAUAAGUGGUUUUGAACUAUAUUCUCGUUGGGUGCCCCUGCAGAGUUCUUUUGUCAAAUAGGAAAAUUCGAAUUUUUUUCCCCAGGUUUGCACGACUCUGUUAUUGUGGGAAACAACAAAAAUCACUUAACCUCGUUAAGCAACUGGCUGGCACCUGUUACAAAAAGCGUCAAUUCUCUCUGGAAGCGCUGCUGGCGUGCAUCCGUGGACGGCUGGGCUGCGAGUACAUUUCACUCACGAUGUGACAGCAAGGGCCCGACUGUGACAAUAAUAAGGGUCGGGAGAUAUAUUUUCGGAGGAUACGCAAGUAUUUCAUGGGGUAAGUGAGCAUUGUAAGCCAUGGCAGUGGCAUCUAUACCUUUGACGUAAUCAGUUGGCAUUGAUAUGUUCAGCUAAAAGUGCAGCUUGGUACUUAGCAAUAUGGAAUCAUGUGACUCUACCUUUCAUACAUGGUUAAGCAGUGGCGGACAAAGGUUCUAGGUUAAUAGCUCUAGAUGCGGGCCCAUUUCCCGUGGUUCCUCAAGGGGCGAGGACCGCCCCUCCUUCACUCACAUGUAGUGAACGAGCGCCAACCCCCCCCACCCCUCUUCUCAAGUUCUGAUUCUGCAGAUGAUAAGUGAUGCAUUUCUAGCCUGUCAAAACGGGUCCAAAUUCCAGGUUAACACUAUUACAAAAAUAAUUUUUAGGUUAUAAAGUAUCGAUAUUGUUCUGACUUUCUUGCCACCCUGCUAUCUUCCAUCCUUCAAUUCCCAUAUUGCAAAAGACGCGACUAACGUACUACAUCGCAAGUUUUUGGUGAAAUUGGCAAAUUUUGGCAAAGAAAAAACACGCUCUCUUGACAUGUCCACGUACGUGAUACACCAAGACGAAGGUUCAUUUCACCGAUCAAACUUUCGUAAUUUUGUCUAAGCGAAAUGUUGCGAAAAGGAUUCUUGUCUUCGGAUUCGAACGAACUUAAUAGACUGAAAUGGGUGACAGAAAUACAUAAUGUUUCAUACCUUUUCAAGGAUAAAGGCUCCUAAAACUCUUUAUUAUCUGUUUCCUUCAUUGUCUUCUUAAUACAGUACCCUUAAAAUCAAACGAAGUAUUAAUUUACCAAUAAAAGUGUAUUGCGACAUGCACCAGUUCAUGUAAAAACGAAGCUUCUAGCUUCGGUAAGUCGUAAAAAAAGACAAAAACAGAUAAAUUUCGAGAUUUGCUCCAUAAAGUUAUAAAAGAACAUAUCUUAUUAAUUACUAAUUUUUUCCCCGAUCUAUUGCUUGUAAUUGCAAAUCUUUUAAAAAUAACAUCUCCCACAGGCCAGCACCUUAGCCUCGGUAAGCUUGCAGCCACAUAAAACUUUCUCCUGAGCGGACGAACCACGGUUGCCCUGAGUAUAGCUGUAUCUUUUACCAAAAUACCUGAACGUAAAUAAUAAUGCAAUAAAAUAAUAUUCAUACUAAUGAUAAUGAUGAUGAUGAUGAUGAUGAUGAUGAUGAUGAUAAUAAUAAUAAUAAUAAUAAUAUUGAUAAUGAUAAUGAUAAUAAUAAAGAAGACACAGAAACUGAUUUCGUUUUUGAUAAAUGACGAACGUUACUGAGAAACUCUAUCGAAUUUGUUUUAUGAACAUAAGGUAUUUACUGUUUUUAAUUAGUGUAAUAAUAAUCAUCAUCGUCGUUAUCAUUAUGACAGGCACAAGGACAAUGUCGCUAACUUGUCUUAGAAAAGUUUUGUUUCAUUUCUUUUAGCUUCUGGUUCUGGCCGGUAUCAAUACGACUCAAAAGCCUUCUUAUUUUCGCUGGUAAACAAGCCAGGAUGGGCGCCUGUCAAAUUGUCUCAGUCAGGGCAAUAUAGUUCUAGCAAAUAUUCCAUACGCUUUGACUCAUCCUAUGGGCCUACAUUCGGAGGAGGAUUUGACAUUUACAUCAAAAACUACGCGUCAUCUAAUAGCGAUUCUUACAGCGGCCUUGGCUAUACUUACAGCCCACCGAGCGGGUACAGCUUGUACAGCACCUUCGCACGAACAUUCCUGGCAGGAACUUCCAAGUUCACACCAGACGAAGUUGAAACCUUUUACGAAACAACCUAA